CGAGAGGAGCAGGCAGAGCCAGAUGGCACAGAAGUUGCCGACAAGGCUGCCUACCUGAUGGGUCUGAACUCAGCUGACUUGCUCAAAGCCCUGUGUUUUCCUCGAGUCAAAGUUGGGAAUGAAUUUGUGACCAAAGGUCAAACUGUGGAGCAGGUGCACAAUGCUGUAGGUGCUCUAGCAAAGGCUGUCUAUGAGAGGAUGUUCUUGUGGAUGGUUUUACGCAUCAACCAACAGCUGGAUACCAAGCAACCCAGACAGUACUUCAUUGGUGUCUUGGACAUUGCUGGCUUUGAGAUCUUUGAUUUCAAUAGUUUUGAGCAGCUGUGCAUCAACUUCACCAAUGAGAAACUGCAACAGUUCUUCAACCACCACAUGUUUGUGCUGGAGCAGGAGGAGUACAAGAAAGAAGGAAUUGAAUGGACAUUCAUUGACUUUGGGAUGGACCUGGCUGCUUGCAUUGAGCUGAUUGAGAAGCCCAUGGGUAUCUUCUCCAUCCUGGAAGAGGAGUGCAUGUUCCCCAAGGCAACUGACACCUCUUUCAAGAACAAGCUCUAUGACCAGCAUCUGGGCAAGUCUAGUAACUUCCAGAAACCCAAGCCCACCAAAGGCAAGGCUGAGGCCCACUUCUCCUUGAUACACUAUGCUGGCACAGUAGACUACAACAUCACUGGCUGGCUUGAGAAGAACAAGGAUCCCUUGAAUGAAACUGUCAUUGGGUUGUACCAGAAAUCGUCUGUGAAGACACUGGCUUUACUCUUUGCCAACUAUGGUGGAGCAGAUGCAGAGGGUGGUGGCAAAAAGGGUGGCAAGAAGAAGGGCUCUUCUUUCCAGACUGUCUCAGCUCUUUUCCGGGAGAAUUUAAACAAGCUGAUGACAAAUCUACGCAGCACUCACCCCCAUUUUGUACGAUGCAUCAUCCCAAAUGAAACAAAAACACCUGGUGCCAUGGAGCAUGAGCUGGUGCUGCACCAGCUGCGAUGCAAUGGUGUGCUGGAAGGGAUCAGAAUUUGCAGGAAAGGAUUCCCCAGCAGAGUCCUCUAUGCUGACUUCAAACAAAGGUAG